AUGUUGUGUACUGAACCAAUCGAUGUGGUAUAUACAUGGGUCAAUGGAUCGGAUGCCAACUUGAUCAAUGCAGUCAAUGAGUUGAAACGAAGGACACGAGAUCCUCUGUUGCCACCUUGCACCGAAAAACAAGACCCUUCAAAACACGAAUGUUAUCGCGACGAGAACCCAUCCAGCCGAUUCAUCGACAACCAAGAGUUGAAGUACUCAUUGAGAUCGAUUGAAAAGCACGCCCCAUGGGUGCGCCACGUGUAUAUAGUCACCAACGGCCAGGUGCCCAGCUGGCUCAACCUGGACAACCCCAAGGUGUCCAUCGUCACACACGAGGACAUCUUUGUCAACAAGUCACAUCUGCCCACGUUCAGCUCGCCGUCAAUCGAGACGCAUCUGCAUCGCAUCCCGGGCCUGUCCAAGAAGUUCCUGUAUCUCAAUGACGACGUCAUGUUUGGCCGGCCGGUCUUCCCCGACGACUUUAUGACGCGCGGCGGCGGCCAGCGCGUGUUCCUCAGCUGGCCCGUGCCCAACUGCAACGACGGCUGUCCCAACAACUGGGUGGGCGACGGCUUCUGUGACCCGGCAUGCAACACAACGAUGUGCGACUUUGAUGGCGGCGACUGCGACAACAGCACCGGACAGGUCAAGUCGAGGUAUUGGCGAGGCGGCACGACCACCUCGACGACAUCAAACACUGGCACAAGCAACCACAAGACAUCUGGAAGCAUAUGCUCGCGAGGCUGUCCCGACUCAUGGGUGGGCGACAAACACUGCGAUAGAAUGUGCAAGAAUGUAGAGUGUGGCUUCGAUGCCGGAGACUGUGGCACAGAAGUGAUGGUCGCCAACAUGGUCGGCUAUGACAUCACCAACAAGACGACGGUGAUCAGUGUGGCCAAUUCGACGACAUCGGUGUACUUUAACCUGACUAAUCUCGUGUUAGAUGGCACUAUAACGGAUGGCUCACAUGACAAUGCCGUCCUGGUGCGCACCGCCACCAUCUCACAGAAGCACAAGAUCAUGACGCUUACCUUCCACCAAAAGAUAGCGUUCCAAGUGGUCUCAAUCUCAAUCUCAUACGAUACUACUGGCACAACAUUCACCAAGAGGUCCCUUGUCAAAGAGUUCACUGUCAUUUACAAUUCAAACAGUACUGUUGAACCUGAUACUACAGUGACUCCACUGGUCACCAUUGGCAAUGUUACCCAGUUGGAUACGACUACAACAACAAAUCAAACAUCAGUCAACAACAAAGAUACAAUCAAUCAAACAACUACAUCUACAACAACUACAACAACAGAUGAUGAAGAGGAAGACGACGAAGAUGAAGUUGAUGAUGAGGUUGUAGAGUUGAAUGUGGACAACAAAGACAAACAAGAACAAGAACAACAACAGAAACAACAAGAUAUAUAUAAUAGUACAUACAAUAGGAUCAAGAAUCAGUUUGAAGAGAUGGAGCCAAUAAUGUUGGGCGAUUAUGAGAAGAAGAUGGAAAAGGCUAUUGCAGAGGCUGUUGAUGAUGAUGACAACUCUAUCAAAUCAAACAAGACAGGAGGAAGAAGUCUAAUGUCAAUGCCAGAGACACCACUCAAUGAUGAUGACCAAGAAGACCAACUCAUUGAGGUCAAAUUUGUCGCACGCCCAACACAAAACAAUCAAAUGGCAAUGAUGACAGAGGAGAGAGCAAAGCAGAAGGCAUUGGAACUGUUACAAAGUCAAACGAUGGAUGAUCCUGAACUACAGGCAAUCAAGAAGUACACGCUGAACAGAGAGACAGAGCGAAGGGUCAAAGAAGAGUGUGGAGAAGUGUAUCCUUGGGAGGAGAUACCCGACGAGCUGGACGGUCUACCACUGAAUGGCAAGAGGAAGUUGAUGGACAUGUUUGGAGACUCACUCAAGUUUGUCAACAGACUACUCACAGUCGAGUUUGGUGUCUUUAGCAGGAAGGUGCCCGCUCACAUGCCUCACAUGAUCGACAAGGACCUAAUGGAGGAGAUACAACAAAAAUGGCCAGCACAAUGGGAGCGAACAAGUAGCCAUAGUCUGAGGAACCCAAGAGACAUGCAGUAUGCAUUCACAUACUUUUACUAUUUGAUGCACAAGAAGGUCAAUUAUGAUGUGGAUACAUUGUGGAAUGAUGAUCUGGACUUUGACAAGGAUGGCAUACUUAAUGAGAAUGAAAUGAGAUCGAUGGCCGUAACAUUGUUUGGUGCUCCACUCAAAGGCAACACGUUCAAGGACUUCAAGGCCACACUCUACAAGGCUUGUCUGACAUUGAGACAGCAGCGUCAAUUAGAUCGCAAGGAGAUCUUGGUGAUGUCACCCGUGGCCAACAUCACUGAGGAGCUGUUCGAUGCACAAUUGGCCGAAUGUCCAAUCACUCUGGAAGUGCUCAAAUCAUCCAAUCAGACAAUGCACGAUAUGCUCAAGGUGUAUGCCAAGCGCACCAAGUACAGAACGUCGAUCGAGGGCACUGAUGAGGUGGCAUUCUUCAUGGUUGACGACAACCAUACCACCACCCAAACCAGACUCGAUGGCAUCAGACAAAAGAGACACAAGUUCAUCUGUCUCAACGAUAACAUCAAUCAUGACAAACCCAACACUGAGCUGGUCAUUGGUGUUGUGCACAACUUCUAUCAAUCACUAUUCCCCUUCCCAUCAUCCUUUGAGUUGCCAGCCAACACUUCAAACUCAUUCAUGUAUUUGGAUGAGUACAGAGCAAAGAUCAAAAUAACCAAUGAGUUGGAGGUUAUCAAUCAGUCCAACAAUCAAUUGGUUAUCAUAUUUGGAGUACUCAUUGUGUUUGUUUUGAUUCUGAUCGUCAGGAAGAUCAAACACACGUCAUCAAAGGAGAAGAACCAGCAUUACAUUGUAUGA